UUUUUAAAAUCUAACAAGAUCGGUUAUUUAAAAUCUUUGUAUUGGUUUUUGUGAUCUUUUUUUCCUGUCUCCUUUUGAUUUUCUUAUCCUAAGUAAUUAAUGUUCGAAUUUUUUCUAUUUACUAGGUAUGAAACUGAACUCAUAGAUGAAAUUUCAUGUGAUAUAUUGAAAAGACUAAAUAAAUUGUCUCCAAGUGGUUAUGAAGACCUGGUUGGAAUAGAAUUUUCAAUAAACAAAAUAGAGUCUUUGUUGCACAAGGGAUCAAAUGGUGUUUCCAAAAUAGGAAUUUGGGGCAUAGGAGGUAUAGGCAAAACAACUAUUGCUAGUGUUGUAUUCAACAAAAUCUUUAAACAGUUUGAAGGAUGCUAUUUUGCUGAAAAUAUUAGGGAAGAGUCGGAGAAAAAUAGUAGAUUAGUUCACUUGAAAAAAGAAAUUCUUUCCGUGAUAUUAAAUGAUAGAGAUGCCAAUAUAAGACUCACCUACUCAAGAGAAAGACUUCAAAAACAGAAGGUUCUUAUUGUUUUUGAUGAUGUGACGUCUUCACAGCAAAUAGAAGAUUUGAUUGGAAACCUUAACUUGUUGAGCUCGGAAAGUCUAAUUAUCAUAACAACAAGAGAUAAACAAGUGUUGAGAAAUUGUGAUGUAGACGAUGCUUAUAUAUAAGAGGUUGAGGGAUUAAGAGAGAAGGAAGCUCAUCGACUUUUUAAUCAGUAUGCCUUUAGACAAUACCCUCGUACUACAGAAUAUAUGGAGCUAUCAAAGAAAGCAAUAGCAUAUUCUAAAGGCGUUCCAUUGGCUCUUAAAAUGUUGGGUUCCUAUUUGCUUUCGAAGGAAAUAGAAAUUUGGGAAAGUACAAUAAAAAAACUAGAAAAAGGUCCUCUUUCGAGUGUUCAUAAUGUAUUAAAAGUUAGUUAUGAUAGACUUGAGAAAGACGAAAAGAUUAUAUUUUUAGAUAUUGCAUGUUUCUUUAAAGAGGAACAUAUAGAUUCAGUGAUAAAAACCCUAAAUGCUUGUGGCAUUUUUGCAAAGCAAGGAAUAAAAGAUCUUAUUGAUAAGUGUCUUGUGUCCGUGAGAUACGACAAAAUAACAAUGCAUGAUUUACUUCAAGAAAUGGGUAGAGAAAUUGCUCGAAAUGAUACUUGUAAAGAAAUUCGAUUGUGGCAUCACGAGGAUAUCUUCGAAGCAUUUGAAGAAAGAUAAGGAGAUUGAAGCAGUACGAAGCAUAAGCUUGGAUAUGUCUAAAAUAAGCAAUGCAAGGUUAGAUUUUCGUGCUUUGUCAAAGAUGCGUAAACUCAGAUUCUUGAGAGUAUACAACUCACAACACGGAGAAGACAAUGCGCAGAGAAUCUUUAGUUUAUGCAAUCAUGGAAAUGAGUUGAAAGUUUUUCAACACCUUCAAUCCUUUCCCAAUGGCCUAACAUUCUUCAGCUUGAGUGGAUAUCCAUUUAAGUCAGUGCCAAAACAUUUUCUUCCAAAGACUCUUGUCAGACUUGAUAUGCCAUUUAACAAAGUUAAACAUUGGAAUGGUGUUGAGGAACUUGAAAAUUUGAUAGAUGUUGAUCUUAGUUUCUCUCAACACAUGAAAGAGCUUCCAAAUCUCUCAAAAGCCACAAAUCUUCAGUCAUUGAAUCUAAGUUAUUGUAAAAGUUUGUUGAAGAUCACUCCCUCAUCUAUUCAAAAUCUCAAUAAGCUUGUCAAUUUGGAUCUAUACGGUUGCUCAAGGCUUAUUAGUCUACCAGAUGGCAUUCAAUCCGAACGUAUUGAUCUCAGUUACUGCAAUGAUCUGAAGAUGGCUCCAAAGAUCUCAUGUAAGGUGGAAGUAUUACUUUUAAGGGAAACUUCAAUAAAAGAAUCACCCUUCAUCGAACAGCCAUCGAGACUAGUUGAGUUGGAUCUUUCAGAAUGUUCAUCGCUUGAGACUCUCUCAAGCAGCAUCUGUAAGGUGAAAUUCCUCAAAGAACUUAAUCUUUUCGGCUGCUCCAAAUUGGAAAGAUUACCCGAUGACUUUGGAGAUUUAGAAGCUUCUGGUUUCGUCAUAAAAGAAGUACCAACAUCCAUCACUUCUAUUGUUACCUCAUUUGAGAUCACGAACAUCAAUUUUUUCCAAUUGUUUCAAAUUGGAUUUACUUAAAAUUCUUCGCAAGGUAUCUCUUUAUAUCCUUUCUC